CCAAUAAUACCAGCCAAGAAGCGAGCGCUGCAAAAAGUUAAAAAGGAAAGAAUGGAUACAUUGAAUGAUUUGAAAGAAAAGACGCAUCAGGAUGAUAUAUCACACCUUCUAAUUUUAAAUAAAAAGACUCAAAAUAUCGAACCACAGUUGUUUGCGACAGAGCUUGAAAAGUUUUCACCAUACCGAAAUCGGAUAACAUCUAGCAUUCAUCAUCAGCAAGCAUUGUUAGAGGAAUUAACAGUUUUUUAUAAAAACUUGGUAGGAGGAGAAGAAGCACGAAUACUUCAAGAUCGAUGGGAACAAGCAGAGCGAAGGAAAAAAGAAGUUUGUGAACGAUUAAAAAAAGCAAAGGACAAUUAUUUGGAAGUCAAGGAUGGAUUGAGAAAAGGGAUUCAAUUUUACGUUGAUCUGAAUGAUUUGAUUGAGAAUCUUUCAAAAACUGUGCACCAAUUUGCAAGGACUCGCCAGCAAGAACGAGAAGAUUUGAUUCAAUCGAUUCAAAAUCAAGAAGAACUACGAAUAAAAAGCCAAAUGAACAAAUUGAACGUGGCAAAUGUAACGAUGCCUAAUACAAGGAGUAUAUCCUACGAUACAUCAGCACAUUUAUCUGAAGAAUUGAACAAAUUGUCACUCAACGCUGGGGUUCCUGGUACGAAUAUUUAUACAGCCAAUAAUACCAGCCAAGAAGCGAGCGCUGCAAAUGUUCCAGCCAACAUUUCAACGUUCUAUGACAAUACCAUUCCCUCAACCGUACAAUCAUUUUCAGUUCAAGAAUCAUACCCUGCACCUUCAGCACCAUCACAAGUUAGUUCUUCUGCACAAUCACAUAUUAGUCCUUCAGCACCAUCACAUAUUAGUCCUUCAGCACCAUCACAUAUUAGUCCUUCAGCACCAUCACAUAUUAGUCCUUCAGCACCAUCAUAUAUUAGUCCUUCUGCACCAUCACAUGUUAAUUCUUCUGCACCGUCACAUGUUAAUCCUUCUGCACCGUCACAUGUUAAUCCUUCGGCACCGUCACAUGUUAAUCCUUCGGCACCGUCACAUGUUAGCCCUUCGGCACCGUCAUGUGUUAGCCCUUCGGCACCACCACCAAUAACAGUACCCGGUUCACCAACAUCUCAUAAUCCCUAUUAUUCGCAAACGCCUCAACGAAUUGUUACGCAAUCAUCUAUCGGAUAUUCAAUGCAACCAAUGUCACCAAAGACACAAGGUCCACCCGUUCCUCCUUUACCUACAGAAUAUCAACAAAAUAGUGUUUAUAUUCCUUUUCAAUCAGACAUUCAACGUUCAUAUCAACCGAUUGUUCAUUCUAUGAGUAGUCAAUCAGUGACACCACAACAACAAUCUCUUUCAAGACCAUCUAGUAUAUAUGGAACUUCAUUACCAUCUCAACCUAACUACUCACAAACAAAUCAUCGUUAUUCUCAACAACAGCCACCCCAACAGUUGCCUCAAUUGCCGGCGCAACACCGUCAAUCGACUUAUGAUAGUUUUGCAUCACCUUUGCAAAGUGGCUACAUUCCACCACCUUCAGGCUUACAUCAAUCUCAAGUUCCUCCUGCACAACAGCAAUAUUCUUCGCCUGUACCUGUGGCUCAACCACAACAAUACAAUGUGCAGACUAUGCAGAGACCACAAUUUAGCCAACCCCCUCAAAUGUUGCCAACACAACAACCACAAAAUUUUUAUCAAACAAAUCCAAUUCCAUCACAAGUUCAGCAACCUGCAGUAGGAUAUUAUCAUAAUUCUGCACAACCUGUUCCCAUCCAACAGGGAAAUUAUCCCCCAACGACCGGUCCACAACAACCUAGUCAUGGUUAUCAGCAAGCACCUUAUCAUACCCAAUAUCGACCUCCAACAGCACCACCUUCAGGAAAUGAUGGCCCUUCAUUGUUAGAUUAA